AUGGGGCUGUCACGCCAAGCCGCUGUAGCGGGGGCGAUCCAUGAGCAGAAGCUGCUCAGGCAACGUGAGGCCUACUUGGCUGCAGCAAAGGAUGUAGUGGCGGAACGUCUACAGCUGCAGCACAUUGCUCAGGUAUCUAAGAGGAGAGAAGAUGCAGCAGCGGAGGCCACACUGCGCAGGAGAGUUCUCCAGCUGCGGCAGCAGUUUUCACCACGACUGGAAGAAAGACGACGAAAGCUGAGAGCUUUGCUUGACAGCGAAAACGCCGAAGCUCAAGGUACUCUCGUCCAACUUCAAGACAAUGCAUCAACGAGGGAGAGGACCAUCAUGGAACGAGCAACAGCGCUUAAACAGAAGCACGAUCAGGAGCGGGACAAAGAAGACGAGCGUUUGCUAGCACUGAGAAUGAAGCAUGAACGUGGGGAUUUGCGUUUACAAGAACACAAGCAGCUUGUACAGGAGAUGCUGGCUGCAAACGCUAUGCAAAUAGCUUCCAAACAGAGGCAGGAGGAGGAGAAAGCAAGGGAGGAGAAAGUGUUCCAUGCUCUGUGGACGGAAGGUCUUAAUGAAAAAAGGCUGCGUGAAAGAAGGGCUAUCACUGCCAAUAGGAAAAAGACCGAACAAACAAAAGCCGCUCUGCUCGAGCAGAUUGCCAAGAGAGAGGAGAAGCGUCAGGAAGAACUCGAAAGGCUUCGAAUCGAAAACGACGAAGAAAUCCGUCGUCUUCAGGAUGAAGCUCAGGCAGCGGCGGAGCAACGCCAGCAACAACGAACAGCUGCAAUCCAACGAAGAAGGGAAAUGGAUAUGGUCCUUGCCGAGCAACUCGAAGAAAGGAAUCGGCGGCAGCUGGAAGAAGCAGAGCUUGAGAGGAUCCAACUAGAUACACAAGCUAAAAUGGGCCUGCAAGCGGAGGAUCGUGCAAGACUCAUUAGGGCAAUCGAAGUUAACAAUGCACACAAUGUUAGAAUUCUCAUGCAGGAAGAAAAGCGGCGACAAGCCCAAGAACUUCGCGAGUUUGAUGCCUUUUGUAUCAGGGAGCAGCUCGCAGAUGAAGAACGCAAGGAACUCGAGGUUCUGUUCCCAUGA